GAUAUGAAGGCCAUCGUAUUCCUCGCCCUUGUGGCUGUUGCCCGUGCUGGCGUCGUCGCCCACUACGGCUUCGGUGUGGCAGAAGGUGGAUCAUCCUCCCAGACUCGCGCUCAGGAUCUGGCUGGCAACUACAACUUCGGCUACGACGAACAGCACACCAGUGGCGGUUCCUUCCGCCGCGAGAACGGCGAUGCCUUCGGUAACAAAGUGGGCUCUUACGGUCUUCGUGACGCUGACGGCCGCGUCCGUGUCGUCAGCUACGUAGCCGACGGCGCUGGCUUCCGUGCUUCCAUCUCCACCAACGAGCCAGGAACCGCCCCAUCUACUCCAGCUGCAGCUGGUUACAAUGCCCCAGCUGUGGCCCCAGUCGCCGCCGUUGCCACGGCUCCAGUUGCCGCAUACGCCGCUGCCCCAGUUGCCCACUACGCCGCCGCUCCAGUGCACGCUGCUCACGUCUACGGAGCCGCUGUCGGUGGCCCAGUCGCCUAUGGUGCCUAUGGUGCCCACGGUGCCUACGGUCUUGGCUAUGGCGCUCACGUCAAGCACUUCUUCUAGGGUGGCACGUAAUUUAUAGGUGUACAAAGUCUGUUUCUUGGUGUUCGUCUUCUAGUUCUCAUGUGGUGAUUGUCCUGUUCCGUCUGUCUAUGAGGUGCACGAAAGUAAAUAAAAAUAUGUGUGUUAUGCAAGGAAAAAA